AUGGACGCGGCAAAGGAAUUUAGUCACGUGGAGGUGGAUGAGGAGUUGAGGAACGCUAAGUGCCUUAACUUAUGUGAACUCCACCUCAUCUUGGGUGAUCAGUUACGUUUGCAACACAAAAGAAAUGAAACGGCGAAACAGCUUAUCAAAACAUCGCACGACUACGCCAGCCGGUUUGCUAUCUUGAAAUUCAGGAGUGCCAUUGUAGACAUUCGAACAACAAUCGAACGCGAAGGUUCGCUACAUGAGUUCGAAAUGGCCAGCUUGGUAAACUUGUUGCCAAAAUCAGUAGAUGAAGCGAAAUCGCUGAUACCAUCUCUCAGUCGCAUCCCCGACGAACGUAUAGACGAAAUUUUAGAACUACUAGAGGGCUACCGCGUACAAUCGUAA